AGAGAGCCUAUCGAACUAGAAUAAGCAGCAAUUGAAGUAAUCACUGUGCUCGGAAGUAGGAACCAUGGCGGAGAGAUGGACGAACACGGCUCUACUGGUUAUCGAUAUGCAGAAGGAUUUUAUAGAGGAAGGUUCGGUUAUGCAAGUGAAAGGUGGGAAAUCUAUAGUUGCUAAUGUUAUUAGAGUCGUCGAACUCGCGAGGCAGCGUGGUAUUCUCGUAAUUUGGGUUGUUCGGGAACAUGAUCCUCGAGGAAGAGAUGUUGAAGUAUUCAGGCGCCAUCACUACAAUUCUGAGACAGUCGGGCCAACCGUUAAAGGCACAGUGGGUGCAGAAUUGGUAGAAGGAUUGAUCAUUAGAGAAGAAGAAGAAGAUUAUAAGAUAGUUAAAACGCGUUUCAGCGCAUUCUUUGGAACCAAUCUUCAUUCCUUCUUGCAAACUUCCGGUGUUAACAAGUUAGUGAUUGCUGGUGUUCAGACACCGAAUUGUAUCCGGCAGACGGUUUUUGAUGCAGUGGAGCUGGAUUAUCCAAACGUGACUGUUAUUACAGAUGCCACAGCAGCUGCAACACCUGAGAUCCAUACCGCGAAUAUUCUUGACAUGAAGAAUAUAGGCGUCAAGACUCCUACUUUACACGAGUGGUCCGAAGACGACUUUGCUUGACAUAAUUCGUAUCACAUACAUAUCAUAUCAUUCCUAAACCCUUCCUUCUAAUCUUGUUCUUGUUUGUAUACAUGUAAUAAAGAAAGAAAAUCUAAUGUUUAUUGUAAGUUACAACACCUCCUCCUUGUAGUAUUUCAUUUCUUUGUAACAGUUUGUAUCCCGUCCAAAAAACUCAAAAAGUAUUACAUGUACAAUAAGAGAUACAAUGGAUUUGAAACAAUAAUAUGUAGUUUUUGUGAAA